AUUUAACCAAUCACAGCUUACAACUCUAAAAACAAGAUUACUAUGAAGAACACAGCAGAGUGAAGUUGCUUGACUGUAGUAUACACGUAUUUUGUUGGAUCUGAUGUACAUGUGGAACUGUUUUCUAGUAGAAAAGUGAUUGUUUACAUUUAUUUACAUUCAGAGGAAGUUGAAUUGAGUAGAGGAUUGGAAAAAUUAAUCACCUGUGCUAGAUCUGAUUUUUUUUUCAAGCUUGUUGAACAUAAUAUUGAGAGAACAGUGUUUAACACUAGAUUAUGGACCCAAUGCUGUUUUGUACUAACUAAAGGUGUUUUGUUUUGUUGGAGAAUAGUGCUGAAUUUCUCACGAGGGUGUUAAACAGCUAGGCCUUCUUGUCCAACUGCCCAGCAGUGAUUUCACUUUCUUGAAUAGUGUCAAAACACAAGUUCAGCUAAUUACUGGAGUAAUUAAGACAAACAACAAGAUCAAAGGAUUUAGAAGUAAUUACUACAAUACCUGCAGGGGUCUUGUUUGACAUCCUCAGGUAAACAGUGAACAGUACCAGAGAAAAACUUUUAAUAUUUAUUUUUAUACAGUAUGGAACGAAAUAAAUUUGCUGUGAUGAAGAUUCAGUGUGUACUGGCCACCAUUCUACUGCUGGUCCAGAAGAGUCUCACCUGGCAGGUAGACCUCAGAGCAAACCUCCAUUUGGAUUUUUCAGAUUUGCAUGGAGUGCAGGUUUACCAAGGCGAGAGCGGUAACAACCCCCAUUAUAAACUGAUCGAAGCGGAGAAAGAGUCCAUGUUACUUGGAGCGAGAAACAAGAUGUACAACAUCAGUAUGGCAACUCUGGAGGAAAAUGUUCUAGAGAGAAUUGAAUGGGAACCCAGAGAUUUUGAUAAGAAAGUGUGCCUUACCAAAAUGAAAACAGAGGAAGAAUGUCAAAAUCAUAUCAGGGUCAUUGGCAAGAAACCAUCUGGGGAAUUAUUCGUGUGUGGCACCAAUGCAUUCAAGCCAAAGUGUCGCUCCUAUGUCAAGAGUGAGGAGAUGACCUACGUAAUGAGCGGAGAAGAAAAGGGGGUGGGUCAAUGCGCUUUUGAUCCCCGCCACAAUAGUACCUAUGUGUUCUCAGAUGGCAAGCUGUUUUCUGCAACUGUGUCCGAUUUCUCCGAACGUGACCCACUUAUUUUCAGCACCAGUAAUGGCCCCUCUGGUCUUCGAACUGAACAACAUGACUCAAAAUGGCUCAACGAUCCCAACUUUGUGGGCUCCUUUGACAUCAAGGAUAAAAUAUACUUCUUCUUUCGAGAGACUGCAGUGGAACAUAUUAACUGUGGAAAGACUGUUUUCUCAAGAGUAGCCAGAAUUUGUAAGAAUGACAGAGGAGGCCAGAUCAUGAUGAAAAGCAUCUGGACGUCAUUCUUCAAGGCCAGAUUAAACUGCAGCAUACCUGGGGAAUAUCCUUUCUACCUGGAUGAAAUUCAAUCUACGUCAGAGAUGGGUCAAGGCAACUACAUGUCAACCGACAGAAGUGAUAACAGGACAGACAUGUUUUAUGCAGUUUUCCGUACUCCCUCUAACAGCAUCCAGGGAUCAGCAGUCUGUGCCUUCAAACUGGCCGAUAUUGAGAAGACAUUCAUGGGGAAGUUCAAGGGACAAGAGUCCACCUAUCAUAACUGGCUUCCCAUUUCGCACCCCAACCCUGACCGAAACCCCCACCCCAGCAUUUGUGUCAAUGACUCCUAUCAGAUCUCGGAACCCAUGCUGAACUUUAUCAAAUCACACACCUUGAUGGACCCAGCUGUCCCCAGUGCUGGAGGAAGUCCCCUCAUAGUUCUACCCACUUUUAAAGGCAGGAUGACCCAAAUUGCUGUUGAUUGGCAGGUCCAUGCUGGCGAUGGCAGAUACUAUGAUGUCAUUUUCGUUGGAACUGAUGAUGGUCGGGUUCUCAAGGUGGUCAAUAAAGGUCAAGGGUCAAAGGUGGAGACAGUGGUCAUUGAGGACAUCAAGGUAUUCCCCGAUGGGUACGCCGUUACUGGUCUGAAGAUCUAUAGAGCCAAUGGGAAAGAGAAACUCAUCGUGAUCUCCAAAGAAAAGGUCAUCUCUGUCCCGCUGCAUCAAUGCGAACACCAAGAGUCGUGCAGGUCAUGUGUAAGGCUCCAGGAUCCUUACUGUUCUUGGGUCGAUGACAAAUGUGCAGCGAGUGAUAGAGGAAUUCAAAGUAUACUGACUGGCGCCCAUAGUGGCUGUGGACCAGAAGAAAAAUCUACGCUCUCACCUUCAACUACAUCCAAACCCAAGGAGGUCUCGAACACUGAGAAACCUCAGUGCAACUGUCAAUGUCCCAACAACAUUGAAAACGUUCUCCCUGGAGUCCACACCACCAAAAAACCAGAUCCACCACCACAAGUGGAGGAGGAUGAGUUAGAUAUCGAUAUGUCGGACUUCUUGGAAAGAAAACCCAACCUAAAGAAAAUUGAACUUUUUCAAAGGUUGGACGUGAACAACCAGAAUAAAGAUUCUGAAUUAAAACCAUCUUCACAGGAAGUCAGAAGUUCGCCGGAGUCAUCGUUAUCUGUUGCAGAGACUGCAAUCGCCAUCGUAGUGUCCAUAGUUUUGUCGUCGAUAUUGUCCUUUUUAGCCGGAUACUGGGUCCGAUCUUGUCGAAGUGAACCACAAGAGAACCAGCUAACGAAUGAAGAAAUUUAUGGUUCCUUGCAAAAGAACCACAAUAAACUCAAAGACAAUGAGCCACGCUAUGUGAAUCAUGCUCAACUCGAGCGAAACAAUUCUCAGAAGCAACUCAAUCUUAUAGUGACAAAUAUCCAAAAGGGCUCCAAUUUACCCAAUGGUGGCGCGUUGCAGAAGCCAGUUUUGAACAUUCCUGUACCCGAUAAAACCUAUGUGUAGUUACCAGAGAGGUCAUUAGGAAAAUAUUUUAUUUUAAAUAUUGUUGCACACAUAGUGCUGUGAUAUCGUGAUGACCAAAACACUCCGCCAACCCAAUGGCAGAACUUCCUGUCGCGACCAAAGUGAGGCUUGGCCCCAUUUCCUGGUUGUCACAAAGAAUGAAGGACUAGAAGCCACUCGCUGGCUGACAGAGACAUUCCAUGAACUGUAGGACGUACCCCCCUACUUAAUUUAUACUGCCAAAAACUAAACUAUGUUAUUAUAACAUUUUUGUGAUAGUGCUAAAAUGUAUACAGAUGUUGUAUAUAUUUGUAAAUGUGUGUAUAUAUAGAGAGACACUGAAACGGAAACAUUUCAGUAUAAAUUAGUUACUGUUUGGUAAUGAUCGAGUUGCCAAAAAUGUUAGAAAAGAAAAAAAUUUCACUGGUGCUUGUUAUUCACUGUAAAGGGCAAAAACUACUUAGAACAAAGAAAGAAAGGAAGAGUGUUCACUUGAUAUUUCUGAGCAAAGCCACUUGCUAAGACUCUAAGGCAUACAAAUUUUGCCCAGGGCAAGGUCCAAACUCGGGGCUGGAUUCUGAGAAUUAGGACCAGAGGAGGAAUUAAGUGACAAUUUUUGGGGUUGAUUUUUUGAAGUGACCUGGUGUGCUGUAAAUAUUGCAUUGUCGUUUAGAAAACAAAAAAGAAUGUUGACAACGAAUCAAAAACAAUGAUGAACAGAUGUUUGGUUUUUUUUUCUGUGUUCAAACUAACAGACAAACGGUUAGAAGAUGUACUUAAUGCUCACUAUACGACACCAGCUGCUGAAGGGUUGAACUUGUGUAAAUAUUGUUAAUCAUGAUGAUCUCAUUUUUUCCCCUUUCUUAAGGCCAGUGUAUUCUUGUGGUGACCUAGGGGUGGGGGAGGGGUAGGGGGUGUGAAAAGUGAAAAUUAAAAUUGCUCGAUAUUUGUACUUAACUCAAGCAUUAUGAUUUAAAAGAAAGCAAAAAAGACAUGGUUUGGGUAGUAAUGAAUUGAACUCUUUGAAUAUGUGCUGGUAGUAAUUUAUGUGUAAGGUCAACCACUCGAACAAAACACUGCCCCAUCUAUGAAUAAUCUUUUUGUUAGUUAAACAAAUCAGUAUUCAUAUAAUGAUAUAGAUUUAUACAUGUACAUGUUGCAUAUGUUGCAUUUAUUCUAUUUUCCCACCUGAAUGUGUAUUACCAUCUCAGAUUUAUUAUUUGCAAAGCUGUGAAAUUAUGCUGUUAAUAUCUUCAUCUUGUCAUUUGAAAAUUAUAUUCUGAUGGCUGUUAUUAUAUUAUAAUUGAUAUUUAGAUUUCUUAUUUUAGAUUCACCUUUAUAUAAAGCUGGAUAGAUUUUUAAACAUAAUUUAUUUGUAUUGAGUAUGAAUUUUUACUUUGGAUUAUUGAAAGAUUUAUUUUAAAUGGAACUAUUUCUUUUUACCUCAAAUAUUUUUUUUAUCAUUUAGAAAUUGUUUAAAUUCGAAACAACUUUUCUAACCAAAGUUAUACCAAAACAAUAUUUAUGAUUGAAUUCGUAAAUUAGAUCAUAAUGAAUAGGACAAAAGACAAUAGAAAAACCAAAGCUAUUAAAUUUUCAUUCUCUGAAUUUGAGGAAGGUGAAUUUAAUUAAUUCCUUCUGGUCAGUUGGAGAAAGUUUGUACCCAUUGUAGUUUUAAUAGCAUAAUAUCAAGCUCCUUGUAUUAGAGUUUCUCUAUUUUUGGAAUAUUUUAUGUAGUAUUUACUGGUUAUAUUUUUAGGGGUUUUUUUCGAGGUACAAUCUUUUUCAACUGAUCACAAGAUUUUUUUUUUCAAUUUAUAUACCAGCAUCUUCAUGCUUGUAUUCAGUAAUCAAAACUAUAAUAUUAAUUAAUAUAUAAAGUAUAAAUAUAUGGACAUAUACAUGUAUAAGUUUGUUUAUACACACUUCCUGAAUUAAUGUUUUUUAUCACCAUUUGUUUGAAAAAAAUGAAUAUGAAAUUUAUGCUCAUAAUGACACACGUGUAUAUAAAUACAUUUUAUAAAACAUUUGGUAAAAAUUACAUAUUGAAAAAAAAUAUAUAUAAUAAAACAUGAAUAAAAAACUAA